UUAUUUCCAGGUCAUUUGGAACAUGGAGUGUGGAGCAGGAAAGCACUGGACUGAGGAAGAGGUUAAAGCUCUGUUAACUGUUUGGUCAGAGAAGAGAGUUCAGAACUACCUUCAUGGAGCCACAAGGAAUAAAGCAAUGUUCAUAUACAUUUCAAACAGACUGCAGGAGUUUGGGGUUUUCCGGGACUGGAAACAGUGUCGAGCAAAAUAUAAAAACCUGAAGUAUGAAUACAGAACAAUCAAGUCUGCCCAUAACUCUGGAGAACUUGGAAAAUCCAUGAAGUUUUUCCUGGAAUUAGAUGCCAUUUUGGCCUUGGAGAUUGAGCCGCGGCUGGGAGAAGAGGAGGAUGCAACAUACUCUAAAGUAUUUACCAAGAAGUGUGUGGAAGAAACUGAAACCACCAUUUCUGUAAUGGAAUGGAAUGCAGGGAGCCAGAAUUUUAAAACAGGAGAGAUCUGUGUAGCCUUAGAAGAUGAUGACAUCAGCACAACUUCAGAUGAUAUGACAAUUUCACCAAUGAAGACCAAAACAAAAAUCUAUGAUCAAGGCAACCAAAAGCUAAUGCAGGAACAUGCAAAGCUGUCUUUCAUUCCUUCUGUGGCCAUAGAAGGUGGAAAGCAUUGGACAGACGACGAAGUCCGAGCACUGCUGCACAUCUGGUCAUACAGCAACAUCCAGACCCAGCUUGAAGGGGCAGUGAGGAACAAAAGCAUAUUUGAAGAGAUUGCCAACAAGCUGCAGAAGUUUGGGAUAGAUCGAGACUGGAAGCAGUGCCGGACCAAGUAUAAGAACCUCAAAUAUGAGUACAAGACUGUCAGGAGCGCUCAAGGUUCUGGUAACACUUGUAAAAGCAUGAAGUUUUUCAACGAACUAGAUGCUAUCCUGGUGCGCAGACCUGCCAAACAAUCAGACAAAAAUGGGGAUCGAGAGCACAUCAGCGAAGAUGAAGACUCUGUUAGUGCCACUUCUGAAGAUCCUGUAACACCGAAUUCAUGGAAGAGAAGAGAGACAGGUGAGCACACACAAUUGGAUAAGGCUCCAAAUCAGUUCACUGUCAUCACAGUCAAUGACACAGGAAUAGGAAGGCACUGGAGCGACGAUGAGGUCAGCGCACUCAUUUUUAUUUGGUCUGAUGAAAACAUCCGACAGCAACUUGAAGGAGCAACUAGAAACAAAGAAAUAUUCGAGCAGAUUUCCAGGAGGUUGAUGAAGAUAGGGAUUGACCGGGACUGGAAGCAGUGUCGGACAAAGUACAAAAACCUCAAAUACGAAUACAGAAUGCUCCAAAGGCAGAAUAUCCAUGCCUGCAACCCUAAAAGGGUAAUGAGAUUUUAUGCUGAAGUGGAUGCUAUCUUGAGAAGAUCACAUGCUCUUCAACAACACAAGAGAUCUGAAGAACACUGCCAAUCUGCUGAUCUGAACACAACUGACAGGGCAGAAAAAGAUUCAAGAGAAGAGAAUAGUGCAGAUGAAGACUCAAGCAACACAACAGAAGAUUGUUUAACUGCAGGGACAAAGAGGAAAGCAAGUGAAGUAGGUUCUCCAGUAUCUUCCAAAAAAAGAAAUGGCACUACAACUUUUAAUAGCCACAUAACAUUUGAAACUGUGACAGCAUAUGGAAAUCAACCAGAAGGUUACUGCAAACAAGAGGAAGACCACCAUUGUAUCCCAAUAAUGCACAUUUCUGCUGAAACUUCAUGUCAGCAUCCACAAAUACAGGAACAGGAACGGUCCUCCGUAAUGGCUGCAGAAUUGAAACUGGUAAAGCUGAAUGAGGGCAAGACGAAAGAGAUCUAUGAACUCCUUGAGCGCCCUGGUCAUGUGCUGGUGCAAUCCAAGGACCAGAUCACAGCGGGCAAUACAGUGAGGCGGGACCAGAUGGAGGGGAAAGCAGCGAUCUCCAAUAAGACGACAGGCUGUGUCUUCAAACUGCUGAAAGAAGCUGGAAUCAAGACAGCUUUUGUUGAACAGCACUCUGCUACCGCCUUUGUAGCUGCACAGUGUGACAUGAUCCCAAUCGAAUGGGUGUGCAGAAGAAUCGCCACUGGAUCUUUCCUGAAGAGGAAUCCUGGCGUAAAGGAAGGAUACAGGUUUAGUCCCCUGAAGUUGGAGAUGUUCUUCAAGGACGAUGAGAACAAUGACCCCCAGUGGUCUGAAGAGCAGCUGAUUGAGGCCAAGUUCUGCUUUGCAGGUCUGAACAUCGGGCAAUGUGAAGUCGAUGUAAUGAACCGAGCCACUGUGGCAAUUUUUGAGAUCCUGGAGAAAGCCUGGUCUACUCAGGACUGCACUUUGGUAGACAUGAAAAUUGAGUUUGGUGUGAAUGUAACAACCAAAGAAAUUAUUCUUGCUGAUGUUAUUGACAAUGAUUCGUGGAGGCUGUGGCCUUCUGGUGAUCGGAGCCAGCAGAAAGACAAGCAGGUAUACCGUGAUCUUAAAGAAGUCACUCCUGAAGCACUGCAGGUGGUUAAGAGAAACUUUCAAUGGGUGGCAGAAAGAGUCCAGUUGCUGCUGGAAUCAAAGAAUACUUGCAGAGUUGUUUUGCUCAUGGGGUCCACCUCUGAUAUUGGCCACUGUGAAAAGAUCAAAAAGGCCUGUCUCUCCUACGGCAUCCCUUGUGUUCUGAGAGUCACUUCUGCUCACAAAGAGCCAGAUGAAACAUUGAGAAUUAAAUCGGAGUAUGAAGGUGAUGGUGUGCCGACUGUCUUUGUAGCAGUGGCUGGCAGAAGCAAUGGGCUGGGCCCAGUCAUGUCAGGAAACACUGCAUACCCUGUUAUCAACUGCCCUCCAAUUACUGCGGACUGGGGUGCACAAGACAUCUGGUCGUCUCUGAGAAUGCCAAGUGGUUUGGGGUGUACAACUGUCCUUUCACCCGAUGCUGCUGCCCAGUUUGCAGCACAGAUUUUUGGCCUGAAUAACCACCUGGUCUGGGCUAAGCUACGGGCCUCCAUGUUAAACACAUGGAUCUCUCUGAAACUGGCUGACAAGAAACUGCAAGAAUGUACUCUGUAGGAAAUUUCUAUUGUAAAAGCAAAUUUGCUACUUUCUGUACAAUGUGUACUGACUCAAGCCCUGGUGAAAGCACAAAGUAAUUUCAAAUAACAAAAAUAAACAGUGGAACAGGUUGUUUUCAUUUAUUUAUUUAUUUGUAUUUAUUUUUUUUAUGCCCUGACUCCCUUUUGUGUAUCUUUACUCAAUGUUGUAGCAUGAUAACACACAUUCCAUAUGUUAAUGACCCUUUAAAAUGGAGUUUAAAGUGAGAAUCACAUUUUUUCAAUGCACCAAGCUUUAUGCUGGUAGUUAAAUGUAUCUGGUGUAACUAACAGUCAGUUGAUUUAAAUUAGGAAACCAGCUGAUCUGGAAGUAAGAAUUGGGACAUAAUUUGUAGACCAUCUUUGAUCUUUCAGUUAAGGAUAAGAGGGCAUGGUGUAACUGAGUAUUGCAUUCCUAUGAAAUUAACACAGAAAUGGAAAAAACUGUUGGUUUUUGUGCAUUCAACUGUAACUGACAGGUAAUAACAGAAAAAUUCUUAGU